UGACCAUUGAUUGUCACUUGCACAUGUCAAGUACUGUAUUUGGUUUCUUAUGACCAACACAGGGAAAGCUGGGAAUAAACUGAAUAUGCGGAUAGAUACGAAAACAACAAUCCUGCAUGCAAGGAGUACAUAGAAGGAAAUUCGCAUGGGUUCGAUGGACGCCUGUAAUAAUUCUCUGAGUCGCGCUUCGUAUGAAUCCCAAGACCAAUCGGCAACAAACUGUGGCCCGUUAAUAUGGCGAAGGAUGAGCGUCGGGGUGCGCAUACAGGACGCCAUGCCGGAGAAUUUCGACGACGUGGUGGAUUUGAUUUUGAAUUUCUACGUGCCGCACAAUCCGCUGUACAAGAGCAGCAAGAUCUUGGAGGACGCCGAGUCGCUGGCGACGUUCAAAGAGAUGCUGUACAGCUAUCUGAAGCAGGGCCACUCGCUGGUGGCAGUGGACGAGUGUACCGAUCGAAUCGUGGGUGCUCUGGUGCUGUCGUUGGUGAAGAAAAGCACCUUCGGUUUGGAAUUCGACCGGCUGGAAAUCGGUCGGGGCAAAGCCUUGCGAACGAUAACGUCCUUCGUUAACGACGCGUCGAGAAUGGUGGACAUCUUCGAGAGGUUCCAGUGCGAUGUCUACAUGCGGUACAUGUUCACGUGCGUGCACGGGGAUUACCGAACGAACGGCAUCGGCCAGAACAUGCUAUCUGCUAGUAUAGAUGUGGCUCAUUAUUUGGACGUGCCCGUUAUUAUGGGCAUCGCCGACCAGCCGCUUUUGCAGAAAGUUUACUUGGACUUGGGCAUGACGAUUCAGUAUUCCUCUAAGGUUAUAGAGCUUGAAAACGAUGUCGACGAUUUAGGGAGUAGGGAGAAUUAUUAUCAAUGUUUGGUGAUGGGGUGUCUGGUUUUGCCUCCUUCCAAUCCCGAGCCAAAAUCGAAUUCGGCUGAUUUGAAUCCUGCCGGGAAAAAUAAGUCGAAAAUAAGUAGAAUUAAAUCAAAGUCUAAGAAAGAUCUGUAAAGUAUUUGUAGAUUAUUUGAAAUUGUC